AUGAGUUGCGGGAGCAAAUUAAACAGUUGCGAUUGCAGCUCAACGCUGGAAACAAGCACCGCCGACGCUCUGCCGGACGAUCAGCUCGGCAACGUAGUCGAUCACGCAGCAAGGGCAGACAAGAAUCAUCGGGAUUAUGCUGGUACCACGGAAAUUUUGGCCAGAACGCGACGAAAUGCCGAGCUCCAUGCACGUGGAGUGCGGGAAACGCCGACAGCCGUCCUGGACACAGGGGCUGAUUUAUGCGUAUUUCCCCGUGAUCUAGUGCGCGGACACAUGAAAAGGUGCGAGUACGAACUUUUUGCGGCCAACGGGGCACGUAUUGCAACGUACGGCACCAUCGCAGUGGUUUUAGAUCUCGCGCUUCGCCGAGACUUUAAGUGGUGGUUUGUUGUGGCAGACGUUAGCAAACCCAUAAUUGGAAUGGACUUUCUCAGUCAUUAUGGAUUGUUAGUUGAUCCGCGGAACAGACGCUUAGUCGACUCGACAACGACUUUGUCGUCAAACGGAUAUGCAGCUCCUGCGAGUAUCGCGACGAUUAAAACAAUCGCCGGCGAGUCGACAUAUCAUCAGUUGCUCGCAGGGUUCCCGGAUUUGACACGACCUCCUGUUUUUGGUAAAGAACGUGCGAAGCAUAAUGUGACACAUCACAUCGAAACAACGCCUGGACCACCGGUUCCAUGGGCAUCACCCCUGCACGUCGUCACGAAGAAGGACGGAGGAUUGCGACCCUGCGGUGACUACAGAGCACUCAACGCCUGUACCGUGCCGGAUAGAUAUUCGCCGCCACAUAUCGAGGAUCUCGCUCAGCGUUUACAUGGGAAGCGCAUAUUUUCAAAGAUAGAUUUGGUAAGAGCAUAUCAUCAAAUCCCGGUCGCGUCUGAGGACAUCGCAAAGACGGCAAUUACGACACCAUUUGGGUUGUUCGAGGCCACAAAUAUGAUGUUCGGUCUUCGGAACGCGGCACAAACAUGCCAAAGGUUCGUAGACGAAAUGACGCGUGAUUGA